UAGGAGGAGAUUGGAAAGUGUAUAUAAUGCAGAAAGAUUGCAGAAGAGUUCAAAUUUCAGCAAUAAUCGUGUGUCAAAGUAGAAAUUGCAGCUUGAAGAUGCUUUUUCUGACUGCUCUGCAUAUUAGCCGGAAAGGCAGUUCAAGACUUAAUGCAACAAUAUGUGAUUUGUUUCUCCUUGGACUUAUUGUUUUAAGUCUUUCAACGUCCGCAAUAGCAAGUGAUGACUGCAAAGAAUGGAAAGGAAAAGGAUCAACAAGAAAUCUGAAAGAAAUAAUAAUGGGGAGAUGUUUCGACUACCUUGAGACUAUAAAUCCAAGCACAAGGGGGAAAAGCUGUUCAGAGAUCUGGGAAAGCUUUCUGAAAGCAUUUAGUGGCAAAGACCCAUGUAAUAUCAGAAAGGAAGAUUAUGGGCCAUUUUUAAAACUGGCAGAUCAUGACAUCCCAGUCAACCAGUCAAUCUUCUGGAGCCGGACCAAAGAACUCCUCUUUAAGUUCACUGACGUCACAAAGAAGUUCAUGCCUCUUGAGAGCACCUUGACUGGUUAUUUGCUAAAUGGCUUGGACUGGUGUGGGACAGCUUGCAGGCCAGGACUAAAUUAUGAAUCGUGCCCUGAAUGGAAUGAAUGUGAAAACAAUGCACAGCGUUCAUUUUGGAGAGCAGCAUCUGAGAAUUAUGCAGCAAAGGCCCGGGGAGAAGUGUCAGUGAUGCUGAACGGAUCCACAAACGUCAACGCUUUCAGGAAAACCAGUAUUUUUGGUGAAAUAGAACUUGCAAAUUUAGACCUGGAGAAGGUUACCUCAGUUCACCUCUGGAUCAUCGACAGUAUUAAUGGGCCUGAUAAGGAAUCCUGUGGUGUCGGCAGUGUUGCAGAAUUAGAAUCGAUUCUGCAGGAGAAAAAUGUAAAUUACACUUGCAAGGAUAAUUAUGGGCCUGUUCAAAUGCUGCAGUGUGUUAACAAGUUGGACAAUCCAUCCUGCAAGUUACCCACCACUUUAAGUCUACAAAAGGAUUUAUCGUGAAAAUUCUAAAGCUGCCUGCUUCUGUAUAAAUAUAGAGUGCAGAAAAAUAUAAUGAAUGUCUCACUAUGCAAGUGUGAAUUGUGAUUGUCCCAUCUUGAGGUGAUUUUAAUUUGAUUUGUAACUUUGAAGCAAUAUGUGCUUUAAAAAUAAACAAACAAGGUCAUCUAACAGUUAAUUGUCAUAAUAAAUUAAUGUAUUACCAAC